CUUCCGCCCCUCACUGCCAGGGAACCGGCCGGGGGGGCGCUGCGCUGCUUACCGGGAAGUGAACAAAAACAAGCGAGGAGCAGCGAUCGCUACCGGGAACAGAACGCGGAGGGGCAGAACCGCGAGCUUAUGAUGAACCAUGCAGGUUUGGGCGAUUCGGAGGGACAUGAGGGCACUGGAAGGAGCGGCCCGGGAUGGAAGUGCCUUGUGGUGUGGGCGUGAAUGCACAGGAGAUGGAAAAUGGACUCAGGAGGGCAGGUAGUGGUGACCGCAGACAAGGAGAAAGCCUACACCAGGAGUAUCACUGUAAACCUGAUUCAGCCUCAAACUUAAGGACGGUUGAAGGUUUCAUGGCCUAAGAUGGACUGUCGGCACCCCCUGUGAAGAAAGUAAGGACAUGCAACACCCUGAAGGAGUACUGGCAGGACCAGGAGAUGAUCGAAGGGCAGGUGGAGAUUAAGAUGAAUUUUGAGCCUAUGUUGGCUGAGUUGUUAGAUGUUAAACUAGGGGAGAUGCUUGAACAGACCACGUCAGAUUUUGACAUCCCUUUGUCCUCUUCGUCAUCCCAUUUGGUCAAUGGAGUCGUACAUGGUGAUUGUGGGAAGGGAUGCUGGCAUCAUGUUUCAGGGGAAGGAAGACCAGACAGUCUUGACCUUAGCUCUUCUUCUCUGGAGACUUGUCUGCAAGAAGGAGGAAGCACGUUGGGUUUUGGAAACCCAGAGGAGGACGAGAUGGCCGCAAGGGAAGAGGAGAGUGGUAGAUUUUUUGGCCUUAGUGACUGGGGGAAAUUAGGCCAAGGUGCAGAUGAGAGGGAGGAGGACCAGAAGGGUGAAGGGAACGAUGGUGGGGGUUCAAGGACAUGCAAGGAUUCAGGGGCGCAACGAUUUGGGGACAGAAAGAGAGUCCAGGUCCGUGGUGGCAAGACGGCCGCAUUGGGAGAGCGGGACCUGAGUCAUCAGCAGCACUCGUUCUCGUUUUCGAAACCACCGUCUUCCGGAGGACGACACCGGCAAGCCAGGAGGCGGACCAACCACCACCACCACGGCAGAUCUGAUGGCUCUGCUCUGUCCCGUCUCUCCCGGAGCUGCCGCAAGCUGCUGUCUGAGUCCCUGUGCCCAUGGUGCUUGACUUAUGUGCGCAUGGUGGUGGAGCUCAUCGUUUUGGUGGCCCACCACUGUGGCGAAGUGGUGGAAGGUGCCGGGGUUGCGCUCUACCUUUCAGGUGGCCGGCUGCUCUGCAAGGCCACAGACCUGUCCGCCGUGAAGGCGGAGGCCUGUCAUUUGCUGCAUAGGGUGACCUCCGCUGGAGUGACUUUUGCAACCUGGACUACAAAGAUGGCAGCACAUGGCUAUGGGAUAUGGCUUUUCUUUCUCAGGGUUCUGAAGUUUGCCUUGCUCCUGGGCACUGGGUGGGUGAGAGGCUUCCUGGGGAAGGUAGUUUCGGAGAGGAACUGCCGGUGGUGGGAUUCACUUUGGUGCUCGACAGCUUGGGCAUGGAUGGUGAAGAUAUGGGGCAAAGCCCAGACAGCUAUGGGGAGGACUGGCCUUCCAGAACCACCUUUUAUUCCCAAGCCUCCCAAUGACUCAGGGAGAAGUUACCCUGAACAUGAGCUGGAGCGCCUACUUGCAUUAGCAGAGGUUCCCGAAGAUCAGCUGGAUCCAUUUGUCGUACUGGGAGUAGAAGCCGACGCCACAGAUCCUGAGCUGAAGAGAGCCUACAGGCAACUGGCUGUUCUCGUUCAUCCAGACAAGAACAAGCACCCAUCUGCUGGAGAGGCCUUUAAGGUCUUGAGAGCAGCCUGGGAUAUUGUUAGCUGCCCAGAAAUGCGCAGGGAGUACCAAAUGAAGCGCAUGGCAGAAACUGAGCUGUCUAAGUCCAUGAAGGAAUUUCUCACCAAGCUUCAAGAUGACCUGAAGGAGGCCAUGAACGCCAUGUUGUGCACAAGAUGCAAGGGCAAACACAGGAGGUUCGAAAUGGAGAGGGAUCCCAGCCAGGCCAGGUUCUGCGCUGAGUGCAACAAGCAUCACGGUGUAGAAGAUGGUGACCUCUGGGCCGAGUCCAGCAUGCUGGGAUUGCGUAUAACCUACUUCGCCUUCAUAGACGGGAAGGUGUACGACAUCACGGAAUGGGCCGGUUGCCAGCGGAUUGGAAUUUCUCCUGAUACUCAUCGCGUGCCCUACCACAUCUCCUUCAGCUCGAAGCACGCCACUGGUGCUACACGCCAGAAGGCUUCUUCUGAGCCACCUCCUGGGCCAAGCUCUCCCGGCGACUUUUGGGAUUUCUGCAGUCGCAUUUUCCAGGGAACAGUUCCUAACGGCACCACAAACGGUGGAGGCUACCAGCCCAAUGGUUCAAACACCUCUUUUCCGACCUCUGCAUCACAAACGGGACCCUUUGGCCCAGGCGGGCCCAGGGCUGAGGGUCCCAAGCCUUCCCGCAGGAGAAAGAAAGUGCGCAGGCCAUUCCAGCACUGAGCAUAGUUGAACAACUGAUGUUUUAUCCCUUAGUAGCCUCUGCAUUUGCCCUCCACACCUCGAUCCAUUUACGAGAAGGUUCUCGGACAAGGCUACUGACACUUAGAUGGAGGGGAAGGGAUAGUUUGAUCUGUUUGUUUUUGUUGCAUUUUUUUGUUGUGAAAUGGAAAUGUAGCCCAUAUGAUCCUAAAGCUCAAAGGCACAGUUGGAGGCAAGGAGCCUUUGAUGCUCAGAACCAUAACUUGACACUCAGAGAAUGACUGAAGGUGGUCUCAGACGGACCUGGCAAAUGAGCUGUCAUGAAUUCCACUGAAUGAAGGCUACCUGCUUCAUGUAAAUAUGGAUCGGGGUUGGUCAAAUUGUGUUACGGAAGGAUACUUCAGAAGGUUUCCCUUAAUAGCACCUGCGCUGCUUCCUUCCUUGUCAAAUCUGACUCAUGGUCCAUCAUGUCUGCUUCCCUAUUGGUUGAGAUAUAGGUUGAGAUAUAUCAAUGAGGACAUGUGAUGACAAUUGCACUUGUUUCGUUUGGUUCUCAUAUUUUGAAGUUUAAAUGUGUUCAGUGAAAGCAAUCUUGAGUAUAACCACCUUGCCUUUUUGCUCUGUAAAAAUCCUUAAACGUAGGAGAAACUUCAGAAGAUUCAUCGCCCUGUGGGAAAUUCAAAGAUCUGGACAUUAACGUCUGACUUGAAGCAAUAUGUGUUUUGUAAAAUCGUUUGUGUUGUUUUUAGUGCAGAAAUAUGUGAUAGAUAACUGAUCAUGCGCAUUUCCUAGAAUGUUCUGUGUGUCAGUGUAGAAGGGUAUUGAUGAAAUUCAUGGGAUACGUAUGGAGUAAAUACAAAUUCUUAAAUAUUUUAACUAAUGCAGUUGUCCUAUUUGUACCCAAUGAUACUUUUUGAUGAAGUUUUAACAUUGAUUUAUUUUAAGACAAAGAUUGCACCUCCUUAGACUGAAACAAUCUCUAGGUUACUUUGGAUGAAUCUAACGUGCUCCUGGCCCAAUGGCUUUAUUGGGAAUAUUGUGAUUAUGUAGUGAUUCAAGAGAAUUACUCUGACUAUAGCUUUCCUGUACCCUACUGGUCCAACUGAUGAUUCUAGGUAGGAGUUUGAGAUCGGUAGCUAGUUUUAGGGAAUUUUAACUGGACAUUGAUUUUGCUGUCGGGCUCCAUGUGCCUUCUUGAAGUCUGUUCACUGCAGUCUGUUUUUAUCAUUUUUAUCAAUCAACCCAUGCCUUCCCUGAACUCCUAUAAAGUGAAUUGUACAUUUAGCUCUGACUGGGGAUCAGUUUCAGUCCUGGCUGUGGCAGAGUGACGGAUAACAAUAGUUUCAAUGCUGUUCCCUUAAAUGGGUUAAAUCAGCCGGUUAAAAUAAGUGGAUUUAUACUGUUUUUUUAGUAACUUAUCUAUUAAUUAAGUAGAUUCAUAGACUAUUCCCUUCCCUGAUGGCUUGCAGUAUUUAAUGUUGUGAUUUCUGUAUUUUCAGUGGAGGGGAAGUUUAUUUUUCAGCAAUAUGGGACCACCUCCCUUGUUAAUAUGUUGGUGAUUUUUACUUUUGGAGAGAAUGAAAUGGUUGAUCUGAAGUAAUCGCAAAGGAAAAGACCAACCCAUAUAUGCAAAAACACUUAAACUGUUGGUGUCUGGAAAAAAAAAUUAUUUAGAAAAAUAAUAUGAAACCUUUGACACGUCAUUUUAUGAAGUUUUUGUUUUAAUAAUAUCUUUGCCGCAGGUGGGAGUCUAGAAUGUAUCAGUGCUGAGGGGAGGCUACGAUUUUUACUUUUUGUGAACUUUGGCUGCUAGACUAAUCGUAAAAAGAACAAAUUCUCAACAGUUUGUUUUACUUGUCAAACUUAUCACGACACUGAAGACCGUGAGCAACACCUCUUCCUUGACCUCAAUCCACCUUUUCAUUACUGUGCUAAAAAUUUCUGCUUCUCAUGAAUUUAUACCCCUGCGAUGGGCUGGCCCCCUAUCCAGGGUUGUUCCCUGCCUCGUGCCCAUUGCUUCCGGGAUAGGCUCCGGACCCCCCGCGCCCCAGUAGGAUAAGCGGUUUGGAAAAUGGAUGGAUGGAUGGAUGGAUGAAUUUAUACCCUAAUCUAUGGCUUGAAGCAGCAGUUAAAGCAGGAAACGCACAAACUCAUCAAGUUUCAUAACGACUGAUCACCAUACAACUGCUGGUGACUCAUCAGAACCCAGUUGACUUCCAUAAUUAAUUCAAAAUCUGCGGUCAGGUGACCUUUAGUCUAAAGGUGCAGUUCCAGGGAGCCACAAAUCAUGACACAGGAAACCACAAAAGGGCACGUUUCUACCCGCACGUUUUUUCUUUCUUUCACAGCACGUGUCAGAGAGAUCCAUGCUAACCCCAUACCCAGGGUCAAGCUCAGAGCUUCCUUAUCAAUGAUGGAAGACAUCCACAUCAUCACUUGGGAACUAGGUUUUUUUUCUAAAGGAUUCCUCUGUUCCACUAGACCUGCGUGACUUACUUUGCAUGUGUUUCCCCAUGUCUGCUGGUAGGUUUGUGUGACACCACAGGCAAAUGAGCACCGAGGUGCAACACCCCCCCCCCCCACUUCCUAUCUACAAAUUAAAACUGUUUACACACUA